AUGAGUCAAUUUACAGUAACUGAUCAAACCAUUGCGUCGGAAUAUAUAAAAGAGUAUAUGGAUUAUCUAGAUAAUUGUAUUGAUUAUAGCCAUUCUUUAACGCAAUUAAGAACGUGCGAUCUUUCGUUGCAAGAACUGGUUCAUCAUUUACAAGUUGAAAAUAAUAGCGGUUUAGAGUCACAUGAUUCACGACACUGUCAAACUAUGUUGAUUAAUGCACUUGUACAAGCGAAAAUUAUUGGAGAUAAUAAAAUGCGUCUUAGUCAGCAGAUUUUAGAUGCAACAGAAAAAAAAGCAAAAACAUUAAAAGAUGCAUUUCAUAAAUAUAAUGAAUCAAUUGAUCAACAUAAUGGUUCAUCAUCAGAUAAUAAUCUAGAGUAUGAUUCGGAUAAUGGAUAUGAUUCAGAAUCAGGUCUUCGUUCAUCUCAUUAUUCGAAACAUGAUCUAAAGCGAGAUAGUGCAGCUACAUCGUUAUGGAAGCGUAAACCAACAUCGUUAUCAUCCACAAUGAAUCUUAAACGAAGAUGUAACGAUCAACACGACAAGUCGAAUGCAAAUGAUCAUGAUUCUCAUCAGCAUAGUCGCGAUCGAAAGAAAUCCUCUCAACGUCAUACCGUAAAUAAUAAUCAGAGUACGAGUUGCGGUGGUAGUAAUGGAAAUAAAAAACCAAAAUUAAAUGAAACUGUUGUUUUUAUGAAUAGUGAAGAGCCAACAUAUUGUUUAUGUUCACAAGAGUCUUAUGGUGAAAUGAUUUGUUGUGAUAAUAAAGCGUGUGAAUUUGAAUGGUUUCAUUUCAAUUGUGUUAAUUUAACAACAAAGCCGAAAGGAAAAUGGUAUUGUCCACGUUGCCGACUGAAUCAAUGUUCACCUGCUAGUUACAAAGGUUGA